AUGUUGUUUCGCUACUUCACGAGAAGUGCUCAUCUGUUUUUGGGGGUUCGAUUCUGGCGCGAAGCGCCCGCGUGGGAAAUAUCUGACGUACCAGCUCCUGAUCUCUUCCUUAGAAGAGGCCUAUCUAAUGUUGUGGUCAUCGGUAAUUUUCUCUACAUCGAUGGCGGCGAGGUCUCUCAGCUCCACGCCGAAGGAAAGCCAUACACUUUCUUUGAUUACGAAGUGAACCAGACCCGUGGCUCACAUCCAGGCGAGUCUUCCAUCGACUCUACCCUUUCAAUCGACUUGUCCGAAUCAUGGUCCCCCGCCAACGUCUCAUUCCGAAAAAUACAGAAGGAACCAUAUGGCAUGGACAGACAAGCAUUGUGGGAAAGAAAGGACGAUGACUCGUUUUACAUAUGGGGAGGACAAACCGCCGACACCCUCUAUCUGAAAGACGAAUCACUGUCUACUGGAUCAUGGAAGUUCCAAGCCGAUGGUCUUGGUGGUGGCCAAUGGACGAAGGAGACCCCCGUCAACCCCACGGAGUUCACGGAAUUAGUGAGGAGUGAGGAUGGAGCAUUUGCUAGUACUCCUUACGGUGGCUUCUGGUUCGGGGGCUGGGCUGGAACUCGAACAAAGGUAAACGCAACUAAUGGUGAUGCAGACCUACCUCCAGCUCGUGCUACUCCAGGCAUGGUCGUUUACGAUUGGCAUAAAAAUCAGUGGUCAAACGAGACAGCCGCGCUGAGGAAUGCAUUUCCUCCUUACGGGACAGUGAGAGGUGCUAGAGCACUGUACGUCCCCGACUUUGGGCCACAUGGCAUCAUCGUGCUCCUUGGUGGCUUUAUGGCAACUUUAGAGCCCAUAAUCAACGGAAGCGAUAGCCUUUACCGAUGGAUGGAUAUCUCAAACAUUACAUUCAUGGACCCAGUCACCAAGAAGUGGUAUAGUCAAACGACCACAGGAUCUGCACCAACCAGACGACAAUGGUUCUGUAUGGUGGGAGUCAGCAGCGAAACUACAUAUGAGAUCGAUGUUUUCGUCUUGAGUCUACCUGGUUUUGUUUGGAGACAAGUGCAAUUCGAUGACGUGUCUCCACGGACUGAUCACCACUGCACAGUAGUAGGAAACCGACAGAUGGUCGUUGUUGGUGGAAGAACAACAAGCAAGAGCGCAGAGAAUCUGGAAGGAUGGGCUGUUCGAGACCCGUGGCCUCAAGGGCUUGGCUUGUUUGACAUGGCGGAGUGGACUUGGAAGAACGAAUACGACGCCAGUGCUGGUGCUUAUCACAGCCACGAGGAAAUUCAACGUUGGUAUGUUGAGAGGUAA